AUGUCGGAUAUGCAACAAGAAGAUGUUUCCAAACUGACGGAGGGUUCACAUUCGUCAGCCAGCAAAUGGACCGGUCUCUCCUCGUUUCUGACCCCCCAGAGUUGGCAAUUGAACCGCAAUUCCGACUCUAUCAACAUGGAACACGUCGAAGAAGAAAUCGAAAUUGAAUAUUCUCAAACUCCCAUGAACAACAAUUCUUCACCAUGGAGACUCUUUCACACGGCUCCCUUUACUUCCCCCUUGGCAACCGUUCCUUCCGAUACCUCGUCCUCCACUGUCCCUAGUGACGAAGAAAAUGAAGAUUCUGACGAUACUGACUUUAUCAAGGCCUACAUUGCCUCCAUGGAAACCUUUCUCGCGACGAAUACCAAGGCGAGACAAACCAUUAGUGCCAAGGAUUCGAGGCGCAACACCAAUCGAAAUGCCAGGGUUAAUGCUCUGGGUCAGAUUGAAGAGGACAAUGCACCUGUGACUCCUGCUCAAGUUGUCCCUCAAGUAGAGUUUGAUUCCAAUCAGACCAAAUUCUAUGUCGAAUCGGAAAUCUCGGGCGAAACGGGUGGCGAUUCCUUGCUGGCCGGUAUUUCGGUGGGGACCGAAGCCGCAGCUUCCAUUGAAACUGUGGAUGUCAGCAAUCAUGAUAAAAAGAAGAGACUACUGGGUCUUGGCAAAAGUCCAGCACGCAAAGUUCAGGUACUGGUACCUCAACCACCAAGAGAACCUGCCUCGCAUGUACCAGCUGCUACCGAAAGCAUGUCGGGAACUGCCACUACUCAUCGGGAUGAUAGUACCAAGGCUGUGGUUGUUCCCAUGAGAGAAAAAGCUUCCGCUCCUAAGAAAUCAUCGGAUCCACUCAAGAAGAAGCUCAAGACUUUGGAUGAACCCAAGAAGAAGAAAAAGCUUAUACAGACUCGCACCACUGUGAACCGGUCACUUCUUCGCAAGAUUGUCCUGUUUUUGCUCGUGGUUAUCGUUCUUGCUGUUACUAUUUCCUAUACUUCAUCUGGAUCAGAGGACAGCGUGUCACAGGCCGCGGCUAAUGGAGGCGAAGGAAGUGGCAAUGAGGCCGUUGACAAUCUCAACCCAACCGAUGGAAGCAAUGGAGAUACUACUGAUGGGGACAACAAUGCUUCUGGCAAUGAUGGUGGGGAUGGCAGUGAUGGUGGAGACGCGAGUGAUGGAACUAGUGGCAAUCCAUCCAACUCGGAUGGAACCAGCGACGGCAAUAGUCCCACUGCAGGCAAUGGAUCUUCCGAGCCAAAUGUUUUUACGGUUCCAACGGCACCACCCACACAAACCACACUCGCAACUCCCAAGGAACCCGCCAAAGCACCCAAAACACCGGAACCCACACGAUUUCCCACUCCACCACCAACGCCAUACCCCACACCACCCCCGACUCCGGGGCCCACACCGCCACCAACUCGGCCUCCCACUCAGGAGCCCACAGUGACACCCCGUCCAACUCCUCGGCCAACUACAGAACCAUCAGCACUGCCCACGCAAGAACCAACUUGGAAGCCGACUACGGCACCCACACCAGUACCUCCUGGUAUUACUGUGACUUAUGUUCCAGGCAAAUUGACCAGGAUGGAAAAUGGAAUACGAUUGAGCCAAGGACUCAAGAGUAGAAUCAUUGCGCGAACUGGGCAAAGGGUCCCACUGACGGCCAAUGAAGGCAUUCGGGGUGCCAGUACACAGUCCAAUGAACCAUUUCAUGUUCGACCGGAUGGAGCGGAAGUGUUUUUCGACUCGGAUACCGGAGGAUGGGCCUAUCUCAGCAACUCGGAAUCCAAGAAACAAGGAGAAGGCGGUGUCGGGGCCAUUUACUUUGAUAAGAACGGAGAGGUUGUGGAUUACAAAAUGCUACUAAAAGAUACGACUUGGAAUUGUGCAGGAGGAAAGACACCUUGGGACACAUGGGUCUCGUGCGAGGAAAUACGAGGCGGAUCCAUUUACCAAGUCGAUCCCUUUGACCGUCGACCUCCUCAAGAAACCACAAUGGGUCAAAUGAGAGGAGGUUUCUACGAAACAUUUGCGUAUGAUGUUCGGGAUUCCACAAAACCCCGAUUCUUCGCCACGGAAGAUCAUCACCGAGGCACUUUGAGGCGAUUUACACCCAACGAUGCGAGUUGGUUCGAUCCUUGGAAUAUGCUGCACAGCGAGGGUGAACUAGAAUACAUGUACAUGACACCGGAUGAUGACACCAACCGAACAGGUACCUUCCGAUGGACGACGGACUUUGAAACGGCCCGCAACAAUGCUUUCCUUUACUUCCAAAAUAGCGAAGGGCUGGACGUUCGAGACAAUGAAUUGUACGCUACUUGCAAGUACUACAAGGAAUUGUUCAUUUUCAAUUUGGAUGACUUUACAUAUACCGUCCACUCGACGGUAUCUGGUCUCUUUGAUGGGAUGCCCGAUCAAAUCAAACGAUUGGUACAUGAUGAAGAUGAAUUGCUGUACAUGUGUGAAGAAUCCGGCAGCGAAAACGGGAUCCACGCAAGAAAUUCCAGGGGCUGGUUCUUUACUAUCCUCGAGUCGGCUCAGAUUAACGAUGAGACGACUGGAUUGGCUUUUUCACCAGACAACAAGCACAUGUACCUGGCUUACCAAGACACCGGACUGAUAUUUGACGUCUGGCGAGAAGAUGGAUUGCCAUUCAACGGUAGAACAUUGAAUGUCAGAUACCACGAAAAUGCUCAACGAGGAUGA